GGCGCCGAGAUAUGAUAAAUGCAAUAGCCUAGAAUGCUCAAUGUCAUGUUUGGACACUAACAAAAAUGAGGUUCUUCAUCUUCAUCACCGCUCUCCUUCUGGCCGUCCCUUCCAACGCUGCAACAUCUUCUUCUCAACUGGUUGAGACCCUUCCUGGCUUUCCUGGAAAACUUCCUUUCACUCUUGAAACUGGGUAUGUGGGAGUUGGCGACUCGGAAAGCGUUCAGCUCUUUUACUACUUCAUUGAAUCUGAGAGCGAUCCUGAUGAAGAUCCUCUCGUGCUCUGGCUCACGGGUGGUCCUGGUUGUUCUGGUUUCUCUGGCCUCGUCUAUGAAGUUGGUCCCCUGUCAUUUGAUUAUGCCAAGUCUAGUAGCGGGGAAGUGAAAGUUCCAGUACUGAAGUUGAAUCCAUACUCGUGGACUACGGUAUCUAACAUGAUUUUUAUUGACGCCCCCGUGGGCACUGGGUUCUCGUAUGCAACAAACCCAGAGGCAUAUCUGGUCGAUGAUUGGUUAUCCGUUACACAAACCCAUGAGUUUCUCAGGAAGUGGCUGUUGUCUCAUCCCCGGUUCCUAAAACAUCCGCUGUACAUUUCUGGUGAUUCGUAUUCAGGCAUCAUUAUCCCUAUCCUUGUCAGCAAGAUCUCUGACGAUAAUGACGCAGGUAUUAAGCCACAACUGAAUCUAAAGGGUUAUUCCAUUGGAAAUCCAGUUACAGAUGUAACUAUUGAUGAGAACUGGAGAGUUCCCUUUGCACACAGAAUGGCACUCAUACCAGAUAAGCUUUAUGAGUCAACCAAAAGGAAUUGCCAUGGUCAAUAUAUGGAUGUAGAUCCAAACAACGCUGCAUGCUCAGGGGAUCUUCAAGUUUUUACAGAGUGCACCAAGAUGCUAAUGAUCGGAAACAUACUAGAGCCUGAUUGCGUUACAGACACGCCAAAACCAGAAUCACUCAAAUGGGAUCCUAAUAUUGUCAAAGAAGAUUCCUUGGAUCUUCUUUCAACCGGGGAGCAUUCUGAACCUUGGUGUCGGAAUUACAACUAUGUCUUCUCUUACAUCUGGGCUAAUGACGAAGAAGUUCAGGCUGCCCUCCACAUUCGGAAGGGGACGAAGAAGGACUGGCAGAGAUGCAAUACGAGUUUGGCUUACACAGAGGAUGUCACAAGUAGUUUCCCAUUCCACAAAAACCUCACAAACAAACCCUACGAAGUUCUGAUUUACAGUGGAGACCAUGACAUGGUUGUUCCAUACGUGGGUACCAUGGCAUGGGUAAAGUCUCUGAACUUGAGAGAAAGUAGCAAGUGGAGACCAUGGUUUGUCCAGGGGCAAGUUGGAGGAUAUACAAUCGAGUAUAAACGCAGCAACUACAGCUUAACAUAUGCCACAGUGAAGGGAGCAGGACACACAGCGCCAGAGUACAAUCCUCCACAAUGCUUGGCUAUGUUUUCUAGGUGGCUUGCUCGUUACCCUCUAUAAUCAUCAUCAUCAUCAAUACUAAAAUGUAAUUAUUCCAUCGAUUGCCACAUUAAUCUGUUGAGUAAAUUUAGGAGGUACGACUUUGUGUUUGUUUUUUCACCCUCCAAUGUAAAUUUGCAGCAAACAAUCACGUUUCCUAGUGAUCGAGGAAUGUAAUAAAGAGAAAUCUGUUU